UAAUUAUCCCAUUCCGCUGAGAACACAACAUACAGAUACAUUUACAAUGCAUAAUCGAUGUACGUAUAACUUCGUCGAGCCGAAUAAUCGUCAGUAGCUCGACAACGCUGAGUCGAGGAGGACGCAGCAGACAGAGAAGCGAAACGACGCCGUAGUAUUAUAUCGCGAACGUGUCUCAAACGUAUUCACAAUGGGACUCGACAAGUCUGCGAGUAACGGGCUAUCGACGGAAAAAUUGGAAAAGCCAAGGAACGAUUACAAGUGGAAGAUCGUUUGGGAGAAUCUCCUCAGUUUCAUCUAUAUCCACCUUGCGGGCCUCUACGGAAUGUACUUGAUGUUGUUCCUCCACGUUAAAUACCUGACCAUUCUCUGGUACGCCGUUUGUACCCUCUUCAUAAUGAUAGGCAUUACUGCCGGAGCUCAUCGACUGUGGUCCCAUCGGAGUUACAAGGCGAAGUGGCCGAUGAGACUUAUCCUGAUGCUUCUCCAGAGCGCCGCGUAUCAAAACACGAUUUACCGCUGGGCCCGAGAUCACAGGGUGCAUCACAAGUACACCGACACCGACGCGGACCCGCACAACGCGAACCGGGGACUAUUCUUCUCCCACAUCGGCUGGCUCCUAAUUCGUAAGCACCCCGAGGUCAAAGCGAAGGGCGAAAUGAUCGAUUGCACCGACCUCGCGCAAGAUCCCUUCGUGGCCUUCCAGAGGAAGUGGUACAAAUGGCUGAUGCCGACUUUCGGCUUUAUCCUGCCGACUUUGAUACCCUAUUGGUUCUGGAACGAAACGCUCUCGUGCGCGUGGCACAUCAGCUUCGCCAGAUAUUGCACGAAUCUCAACAGCACCUGGAUGGUGAACUCCUUCGCUCAUUCGUACGUUUGGGGCACGAGACCAUACGACAAAUCGAUGAGACCCGCCGACAACUUUAGCCUCGCCAUGCUGACAUUUGGCGAAGGCUGGCACAACUAUCACCACGUGUUUCCUUGGGACUACCGGUCAGGGGGGCUUGGAAAGGGAAUCAACAUCACAUCGAUGUUCAUCCAUUUCUUCGCCUUCUUCGGUUUGGCGUACGACAUGAAGAUCACGAGUCCCGAAGUGAUAAAACAACGAGCCGUCCGAUGCGGCGAUGGGAGUUUUUAAAGAGUCUAAACUAUAUCGUCGUUGUACGAAGAAAAAUGAGAGGGGCUCUUCGACGCGAAUUCGCAGUUGGAAGAGACAGACGAGGAUUGGAAUCAGGCAGCGUAAGUGUAAUCUCUCUUCAAGUUGCGAUUUUACAUCGGAAAGAGCCUCUCUCAGUUUUGACAUUCUACUUUCGUGAUAUAAUACAUGGUUAUAUUAUCGUAAUGUAUGCACAAAAAUUCAACAGUCGUGCAGUCGUGGAGAAAACAUACAAGUUGUUACCGUUAAGCGAUUAUACGAGAUAAAUGAGAAAAAGCGACAUGCGAGCUGCUCGCGAGAGGUUCUCCUUAUGAAUUCUUAGUAAUCGACAAUCCGUGAAAUUAUGCAAGGGUAUAGUCGGAUUUCUAAAAAGUCAACACUUUGUCCGCUCGGCUCGGCUCCGCUGCCACGGCGGUUCAUGCCGCCGAGAACGAAGGUGCUGCGCGUACGUGCGUGCAUUCAUAUUAAUGCCAUGCAAACACCAUGCAAAUUACUGCGGAAUCCAAUCACUUUUUGGAUACCUGCGCACGAUACCUCUCUCGUCUGCUCCCAGCCCUGAUAUGCACGAAUGCACGGAAUGCCGUCGAUACCGAUGUCGCGCGACUCGUAAUGCACGAGAACGCGGCCGGCACGCGAUCGCCGGUGCGAGAACACUCGAGAGAGCAAAUCGGUCACCAUUAGCUCAGACGGAGUAUAAAACGCGAUAGGACAUAAAACGAGAUUGAUUUGAAAAAGAUCGCAAAAGAUAGACGAGUCGGUAGAUGCCACGGAAUUCCACGGUAAAAAAUAGCUUUUGCAUUGGAGAUUGACUUAGCGAGGAGUAUAGUAGAAAUAAAGAUAGCGUUCAUUCGCCGAAAUGUCAAUCGUAACGGUCGGUCAUUCUCGUCAACAGCAGCGACACCAAAAAGGCGUCGCGAAUGGCGUAAACGAAUGAAUUUCGGCGAAAGUUACGAAUUUGUGGAACGUGCAACGUCCUAACUGUGCAACGUAUAAAAAAUCGGGCCGUUUAAAUAGGCCUUUACGCUCGAGAUCCGGCGCGAUUUACAUUUCGCGAUUUUCCUCGCGUGAGAAAGUAAAACUACUCGCGAGGUUCUCCCUGGUAAAUCGAGCGAUCCAGCCGCCUCCUUUCGUAUCCUCGUAUCGGCGAUUCGCGUUUUCCACGACCCAGUUAGCUGGCUAUGGAUCAACUGCCGCUCAGCUAAAGAGACGACAAGUCGCACACAAGUCGUCACGUUCUCCAGUCGAUGCGAGCGAAUCGUCGCGUGUUUGGGCAGGCGAAUCGGGAACUGGCCGGAGGAAUUCCUCGCGCGUACCUGCAAGUGUCAUUCGGGUAACAAGCGUCGCGCGUAAAGUGACACCUGCUCUCGUCGGCAUUCGUAAACGUCGAGUGUACGCGUGGGAUAUCGUAUCGUUUAUAAAUACGGUAUUCCGACACCGAAGGCACUCGUAUAUUUAUCGCGCCGCCGCGCUGCGACAAAGUACUUUCACCUAUAGAGAGUCGCGGUUCUCCCGACAAGUAAUCGGACUGUAUAAUUUCUAUGUCUCUACGUGCGCGAUUAAAAAACGACCGUUAAAAUAAAAGUGUCAAAGCUGAGUCGUUAAAAACGCUACAUGGCGGUUAAGUAUAAAUCGUUGUUACCCAACCGGCCCACCGGAGUUGAAUUUUUGUCGAGAUAGCUUCGAAAACUUACACACAAUUACACAACAGCUCGAAUUCUACUUUCGCAUCGCGAUGCGAAUUAAAGUCGCACGCAGCUAAUAAAUAUCCCACCACGUCGUGCGUAGCGCACUAAUGGCGUAGCAAUUUUUACGAAUGUCAACAACAUCCCGCGACGAUUUAUCAGCCGCGAAAAUGUGCAUCGAGCGCCGGAGUAUCCCGGUGUAAUGCCUCUCUCGGGUCCGCGCGACCCAAUCCCCCGACGAGACGCGAUGAAAGUUCGAAGUAGGUAAACCAGCCUUCGAAAUCCGACGUCGUCGUUGCGAAAACGACCUUGAUGCGAGAGAGUCACCCACGCUCGGAUGAAUUAUUACUAAAUAGCUGGGAAGGACGAUAAAACGCGACACCGCUGUCGCGUCGAGCCCUCACCUCAGCCUCGUUACCCGAAAUAACGACGGCACAAUCAAACGGCCUUAAUUAGAACCGAGCCCGAGCUCCCCCAACCCCGGGACAAACUCUUCAUUGUCUCCGCGCACCGCGCGCACCCGAGAAGAGCGCGUCUUCGUGACAUUUGAUCAAUUCAAAAAAUCCGACCGUAACGCAGACACGGAGAAAGCGCCGUCGUAUCGGCAUAUAUAACCGCGGCGUAUCUAUUGACGGGAUCUCAUCAACCUUUAUCAACGCUCCUUUUAUCCGUAUUAUCGAUACGCACUCGGACUCGAGUACAUUCGCGCGCGCGCGCAUUUUACCCGAUAUGAAGAAAGUACCGUGGCAAUUUGUUUGCGCGCUGAGAUAAGGGAUCUGCCAAAUAAAUGAUCACGACGGUGAA